CCCCUACGAGUUUUUAGACUUGAUGUUUGAGUCUGGAUUUGCCAAUGUCUUCGAUGAUGUUGCUUUCGCCGUUCCCGUUAUGGCCCCGGGCAAGCGCCCUUUUUCGGUGGGGAAACCCACCAAGAUUAUUGACGUUAACCUUCUCCAUGUUUCGUCCUCCCACGCCAAUGAGUUUCUUUUGCGUGAGCUUGCGAAGCAGCACGGUCUCCGACUGACCGGUGUCCUGCAGCCUUGUGGUGGAUGCCUGCAGGCGAAGGGGAAGAAGGCGGGCGUGCCUCACCAAUCGGGCACGCGCGCGGAGCGGCCGCACGAUCUUUGGCACAUCGAUCUGUGUGGGCCGAUGACGGCCUCGCUGGGGGGUUCGUUUUUCAUGAUUAUGUUCGUGGACAGCUUCUCGCGGUGGAUGAAGCUGUACGGGAUGAGGCGCAAGUCGGACACCCUCGCCUUCGUCAAGAAGUUCAUCGCCGACAUGAGUGGCACCGGUGUCCCUCGUUCUUUCCGGAUGGACAACGGGGGGGAGUUCAUCGGACGCGACUUCAUCGCCUUCUGUGACAACGCCGGCAUCCGCCGUACGUACACGGCGCCGGGCACCCCGCAGCAGAAUGGUCCGGCGGAGAGUGCGAUCUGGCGCGUGAACAAGGCCGGCCACGCCGCUCGUCUCGAGGCACCCCGCCUGUUCCCCAAGAUCGACUUCACCCGCGUCCCCGGCUUCGGGCGCGAUGGCGAGCGACUCUGGCUAGAAUCGUGUCACUGGGCUGCCGGCGGCUUCAACCGUUCUCCGACCAAGGCAAACGUCGGCCGGGGUAUAUGCGUGUGA